CACGUAGUAUCGUGCGCGUGCUUCCGCGUGCCAUAUGCUGACUGAAAGGCCUGCCUACCUUUAAACUACAAAAAGACAGGAAUGGGGUUAUGCUUUUGAUACGUUAAAGCAAAGUAUUAAUUAUUUAACUCCCAGUCCAUAUUAAAUUAGUUUCGGGCGGUUAUCUGUCGAUGGUGAUAAACCUUACCUAUUAUCAUCUGCAUGAGACCGAAGACAUUGUAGCGCUGGUCCGCAACUAUUUCCCUCCUGGGCCAAAUUUCAUCAGCAAGACAAAGCCAAGAUCCAGCGUGACAAAAAACGUCCGGCAGUUGGUGCUUUUUCCUUUAUGAAGUCAAUUCAUGAAUGACCAUAAACCUUUAGUCUGGACGAUAACGACCCUGUUAUCAUAGAGGCCACUAGGGGUCACGUGUGACACUCGGAAAAGCGCAUUAGAAAUCCUAGGAUGGGGAACAGCCCACGCGUUACCUGGGCGUUUUCUCUCUCUUGCCGCUCAAUGCAAGCUGUCAAUCUCUCCGGCUCUGACUUACUGAGGUCCAGGCGGAAGAUCUGAAAGUUCAUUUUAUCGAGGGUUCAGAAAAUUCAUAACAAUGUCUGGAUUUUUUCAAAUGCUGAGGAAAAAGAAGGAACUCAUCCCGCUGAUCGGCUUUGUGUCCUUCGCGGCCGCAGGGGCCGCCACCGCCUCUGUCUAUUUCCUGCUGACCAAACCAGAUGUAAUCCUUAAUAAGACCAGAAACCCAGAACCAUGGGAGAAGCUGGACCCUUCCAAACCUCAGAAGCUCAUCACCAUCAACCAGCAGUGGAAGCCAGUGGAGGAACUCCAGCUGGUGAAGUCUCUCACCAAGUGACCUUCUCAGGGCCCGACCGAGACCCCCAUCACCCUCUGUUCUCUGGGCUCCUGCGUAAAAAGUCUGCCACCCACCCCCCAUCAGUCUGACGGAAUCAUUUCUGCACAGGCUAGGCUCUGUAACUACCAGUGUGCGGAAAUGCUUCUGCCAUGUUGGUGGGGUCUGAGCACACUCAGUUCUCCAUUUCUGGUCCAAAAGGAUUCUGGGUGAGCAGCAUUAUCCUAAAACAGCACCAGUCUGAGUGCUAAAGCAUCAUUUUCACUGUGUGUAUAUUGGUAAGAAUUAAAUCCUUGUUAUUGAAACAAA